UUGGGUUAACCAUUUUCAUUUCGGUCUGUAAUGGUUGAUGGAAUUUUCAGAAAUGAAUACACUGCCUUUUUUCCUUGGUAAAGCCGGGGUUCCGCCCAGUUUGAAAACUGGGCCCAAUACUAUAUAAACCCUCUUAAUUCAAACUCGGUAGAGAAGGGUAGACAAUAUCCUAUUGGUUCUCAAUUUGGAGCGAGAAUUCAUCUCUAAAAUCUAAAUCGUCAAUGGAGCUUUCCUCUGCGUUUCGAGAGAGGCUAGAGCUCAUGGAAAGUACCAGAAACCAACGUCUCUCUCUCCUCCAGGCAGAGAAAGAAUGCGAAGCAAACAGAUCACAGGUCUUAUCGUCAAAGUUAACUAAUAUUCGGUCCAUGGAGCAACGUUGCUUGCUGCUUGAUCGAAAUAUUGCAUUCCAAAACUUCAAAAUCUUGGCUCUAAAAUCUGAAAUCGAGAGCUUAGAUGCCAAAUACCAGGCUGAUUUACGUCAAUUGAGGGUUUUGAAGAGUGAAGUGGAGGAACUGGAAGAGGAGGAGAAGGAGAGAGAGGUGUUUUACGAGCUAAAAAGUAAUGAGAUUAAGGCAUUUAAGGAAACAGUGGAGAAAUUUGUUCUGAAAUCUCAGAUGCAAGUGAAUGAGUUGAAGGAUCAAGUGAACGAAUUGAAUUCAGCCUUUGUAAAACUUCAAGGCAACAACGGAUACUUGUGUAAUUCUGAGAUAGCUCCAGCAGAGAUGAGAAAGUCAGAGCUUGUUGCUGUGAAGGAGAAUUUGGACAAACAUUUGGCUUCUAAUUACCAAUUAAAGUCUGAGCUGCAAAAACAGCUUCAGAGUUUACUGAGCACACAAGAUCAAGGGAAGAGGAAACAACUAUCCCAGUUCACUGUAAGUAAAGGUUCAAUGAAGUCGGCUUUCUAAUAAGAGAAGUUUUUGGUUUCUAAAACUUGCUGAAACCUGUAUAAUUUCUAUAAAAUGCUUUGUCAAGUGAAUUAAAUUUCUUUGUUUUGGUAAAUUUUUGCUCAUUGUGAACCGAUUCAUACUUUACACAGCAAACAGUUAUAAACCCUUGCACAAGCAAAUAGAGAUUUGAAUUCCAUGGAUUCAACACACAUAAGAAUGUGUUUCAUGUUCAGACUUAAUUGUUUGUGUCUUGCUUCUGCAGAGUUCGAAUUUCCUCACCACUAAGUGCCUAUUUGCAGCUACAGACGCAGAAACCAUUUAGGGGCCAAUUAAAACAA